AUGCUUCCAUUUUCAACUUCUUCCUCCUCCUCAUCCAUUACCUCGUGCACACAGAUAACUCAAGUUUGCGCCGGAUGGCCAGUGACACCUGAGGAAGCCGCAGAACUACGUGCCGAGGAUUCUCGACAAGAGGCCUACCUGAGGCAAUUUGUGGAGCACCGCCUCACAACUCCACUGCCCGCCGUCAAUCUUCAGUCGAGUCUGGAGGGAUUACGAAGGGCACACACUGCAAUCCUCGCGAGUCUUCAACGGAUCGAUGAGCUGGCCCAGCUGGUGAAACAGCACUUCGGUCAGACCUGUCCUAAAGUCGCUGCUAUAGGCGGCGAGACCGGCCCUCGCGUCGAGUAA